AUGACUAUUAAGUCCCACUCGUCCCGCCACUUUCUGCGUCCCGGCAGCGGUGGUGGGAAGCAGGCGGAGGGGGAGGGAGCCAGUCCCUCCCGCUGCUGCAUCUUCGAGGAAGAUGCUCGCAUCCUCCUGCUGCGGAGGCAGCUGAACUGCUUGAGGAGGAGGGAUGCUGGUCUGUUAAAUCAGUUACAAGAGCUAGAUAAGCAAAUAAGUGAUCUCCGACUGGACGUGGAAAAAACGACGGAUGAGCACCUUGAGACAGACAGUCGUCCAAGUUCAGGGUUUUAUGAGCUGAGUGAUGGAGCUUCUGGAUCGCUCUCCAAUUCGUCUAACUCAGUCUUCAAUGUACAUCCAAAAUACCAGUGUGAUCUGGUGUCUAAAAACGGGAAUGAUGUCUACCGGUACCCCAGCCCGCUCCAUGCCGUAGCUGUGCAGAGCCCCAUGUUUCUUCUCCCGGUGACUGAAAAUCCCCAGCGAGAAGAGGAGAGACUUGGCUGCGAUAUUAGCGAUGGUUGCGUCGGAUCCGAAACGGACUCGGGAAAAGCAGCCAAUACCUUUCUCCCGCAGGGCUCCUGGCCCGCGUCGUGCCCUUCUGCCAGCAAGAGGAUAGACGGUUACAUCUUAAGCCUGGUUCAGAAAAAAACUCAUUCCGUAAGGACUAAUAAACCAAGGACAAGUCUCAACGCUGACCCCACCAAAGGGAUUUUGAGACACGGGAGCAUGUGUGUCAGACAGUCCACAGCGGUGGUUUCACAUACUAACAUGGUGAACCUGAAGAAUUCGAAGCAAGCAUGCCUGCAUUCCAGUGGGACAACCGCUUUGGACAACACGGCGUUCUCCCCGGUAAAGCAGAGGCCGAAGGAAUCGAGCGGCGAGCAGCUGGAGAGUAGAAAGAUGCCUUUGCCGGCGGCUUUCCCACCCGGUGCAGUGAGUGAACUUCCAGGCAAGCACCUGCCACGGAGUGUCAAACCGGUGCCUCCAGAGCUAAAUCGGAAUGUGGUAGCUCCAACGGGGGAUAUCCCCAAGGAAAACGGCCAGCUCUUUGCUGCGACUCCUAAAGAGAGCCCGGGCAAGCCAGUGACGUUGCAGCCAGAGAAUAAAGUGAGUCAGCCUCCCAAGAAAAUACUGCUGAAGAGCAGCUUGCAGGUGGCUCACGCCACAUCUCCUGCCGUUGAGGAGAGGCCUUCACUGGACUUCAAAAGCGAGGGCUCUUCCUCCCAGAGCCUAGAUGAUGGGUUACUGGUGAAUGCCCAGUACAUACCGGCCCAGCAGCAAAGCAUUAAGCUUCACAAAGGCACCAAAAAUGUCAAGAUUUUGAAAAGCUCCACCCUGAAACACAGGCCUCACCUUGUCAACGUACUAGAAAAUGGCUCGCAGACCUUGCGGGAGAAAACCAAGCCGGUUAGCAAGAAAUGUCGCUUUCCUGAUGAAUUGGAUACAAAUAAGAAACUGAAAAAGCCCUCCUCAAGGGGUAAGAGAGGCAGCAGUUUGCAGCCGGAGUCCGGCCUCCAGAGUAGGCAGGCUGGCCUCCACAAAUCCGUAAUCAGGUCGCAUGGACAUGGCCGAGAGGUCGUGGUUGCCAAACCUAAACACAAGCGGAGUGACUAUCGCCGGUGGAAGUCGUCGGCAGAGAUUUCCUACGAGGAGGCCCUGCGGAGGGCGAGAAGGAACCGGAGAGAAGGUGUGGGAGUCUACUCGCAAGUUCCCCUGCCUUAUGUCAGCCCUUACGCCUACGUAGCUAGCGACUCGGAGUACUCGGCGGAGUGCGAGUCUUUGUUCCACUCCACCGUGGUGGACACGAGUGAGGAUGAACAGAGCAAUUACACCACGAACUGCUUUGGAGACAGCGAGUCGAGCUUGAGCGAGGUGGAAUUCGUAGGGGAGAGCACAACCACCAGCGACUCGGAUGAAAGCGGGGGUCUUAUUUGGUCUCAGUUUGUCCAGACUCUCCCGCUCCAAACGGUCACAGCUCCAGAGCUGCAUGAAAAUGCAGCAAAGGCCUUUGUCAAAAUCAAAGCCUCCCAUAACCUCAAGAAGAAAAUCCUUCGCUUUCGAUCAGGCUCUCUGAAGUUGAUGACAACUGUCUAGUGAAGUGACUUGAUGGAAUGUAUCUGUUUCUGCUUUUGGAAGCAAGGUGCUUUUGUGUACAUAUUUUCACAGAUUUUUUUUUUUAUACAAAUAUUUAAAACUUAAGGUAAAUUAUGUCACUUGUCUUCAGAACUUGGGUGGAUACUAGUGCCUUUUAAGUGGAAAUAAAAGACAAUUAUACUCGUUUAA